GGGAGAAGAGCCCCUGGAUAUGGGUUGCAGCCCUUCCGCUCAGGGCGACCAAUGUAAACGUGUGGUUUGUUGCUGCCACUAACCUGGUCAGGACUAGAUCCCUCUCCCUCAUAUUCGUGCUGAAGGAGGUGUAUGCCGCGUUCAACCCAGACGCGGUUGUGCUGCAGCUGGGGGCAGACACCAUUGCCGGAGAUCCCAUGUGCUCUUUCAACAUGACGCCCGAGGGAGUCGGCAAGUGCCUGAAAUACGUCCUGCAGUGGCAGCUAGCAACUCUCAUCCUGGGAGGAGGAGGCUACAACCUUGCCAACACAGCUCGCUGCUGGACAUACUUGACUGGGGUCAUCCUUGGAAGAACGCUGUCCUCUGAGAUCCCUGAUCACGAGUUCUUCACAGAGUAUGGUCCUGAUUACGUGCUGGAGAUCACACCGAGCUGCAGACCAGACCGCAAUGAGCCACAGAGAAUUCAAGAAAUUCUUAACUCUAUCAAAGGGAAUCUGAAGCAUGUUGUUUAGCGGAGAAGGAAGACUCAGGUUUCUGCAAGAGCAUUUCCCGCGUGGAAGACGGUGUGUUUAUGUGAGCAGCCGUUGUUAAUGGGGCCAGCCGGUGAAAUUUGUGGCUGCGGGGAAAAUUUGGAAGAAAUUACUGUUGGUUGGUUGAUUUUUUUCUCUUUCAAAGAAGAAAAGCUGCUGCGCGCCAUGAGCACUGUGGCUCUUCUCAGGCAAGAGUGUGGGCCCUCCAGCCACAGCGUUCCAGUGCUGGCAGACCCUCCCUUUCUCCUUUCUCUUUCCUUUUUUAACACCACAGAGUUUAUUCUCACAACUGGUUUUGAACGUUUUUUAAGAGAGGUACCGCUCGGAGCUGUGAACUCUCCCCAGCUGGAGCCCAGUGCCGCAUCGCCUUCCUG